AUGAAGCGCAAUCGCAAGCUUGCAGCCGCGCUUAGCAUACCUGAUGAUCACGAAAACGAUCACGUUCCAUACUCAACAACAACCCUGAAGUUAUACCUCGAGAACCCUACAUGGUGUCACGAGUACGAGGAAAUUCUGAGGCUAUUCGCUGCUGACCCUAACGAGAAGCGUUAUCGGUUCAAGCCUAUGAGAGCACGACAAAGACAGUUCAUCCAUAGCCUGGCUGAAGAUUUCGGAUUUGAUGGAGAAAGUGUAGAUCCGGAACCACAUCGCCACAUACACCUAUUCAAAACACCGAAGUUCGUGGCUGCGCCCAUGAAGACUCUUGCGCAGGCAGCUAGGAUCCGCCGUGCACAACUGAAUGUCCAAACGCCUGUCGACGGUGCAUCUACACCAGAAAGGAGAGCUGACGAGGUCAAGCCUCCAGAGUACAAUGGGUUACUUCUGAAGCAGCCACGCUUUGGGCUUACUGAAGAUGAGCUGCGACCCUGCAUCCGAUCCGCUGCACCUAUGAACGACUUUGAGGUACUAUUUUUGUCGGCCAUAGAUGGCAUUGCAUUGAUACUAAGGAAUGAGUGGGAAGGUCAAGAGCAGGUUCAAACUCUACUCGAGACUCUGCAACCGAUAGUCUCGGCUGCAGUUGCUCGAGAAGGAUUUUCAUCAUCAGCUGUUUUGUGCGAGUUUGACUUGAGUGUGAGCAAUACCGAGCCUCAGAUCGUUCACGAGGCAGGACAAGGUGCUAGUGCAGGUCGAACCACAGCGGGCGGUUGGUCACAAGUGGCGGCAAAGCGUUCUGUACCCAUGGCCGUGCCUACAGUGGCACCGGUCGGCCAGCGAUCUUCCUUCACAGUACUAGGCAGCAAGUUGGCGGAAGCGAAGAAGAAGAGGAAGGAAGAUCAAUUACUGGAAAAGCGGAGAAAAGAACUGCAGAGUGAGCCGGUUGUCGAUGACUGGAGUGCUGAAGUCGAGCGCGAAGAAGAGAUACGAAGUCGCAAUCAGAGUGACCACGAAGAAGGUGCCAACAGUACCGUCUUGACAUAG